AUGGACGGAGAAUGGGGUGAGCAAAAGAUAUUCAGCGGAAAGGAGAGAGACAAGCGAUGGCUGCCUGGCUUCGUGUUCCAGCGCUGGAGUGCGCAGGCUGAGGCGGCGUUGAGCCGCAUCUCGUUUCUUCUGCAAGGGUUCGCAUCCACGCCAGAAGCGAACUAUCGGUUUCAGCUGCGCCCACCACCGCCCACGGCCGCCUUCCACCCUCUCCCUCGCGCUGCUGCUGGCCUCGUCGUCCUCGCUGGCGCCUCUGCUGUCUCCUCCAUCUUCCCGCGUCUCGCUGCGACUUUUCCUCGUCCCGCGCGGUCGUCCUUUCUGAUGACUAAGACAGAAGUCGGGUCGCUCGAUCGGGAAGGCGGUGGGAUUUUACUGCCACUCGCGCGCCCUUUUUUUUUUUUAUUUAAAAACUCGCUUCGUCGUCGUCUUUUGCUUCGUCUUUUUUUCCCUUUCUCUCAUCUUCAUCCUCUUCACGCACACAAAAAAAAAAACAUACACAUAAACACAGAAAAAGAAGAUAGACGGCGAGAUACCCGGCAUCGAGGCCUCAGACAAACGCCAGACGCAACCAUACAAGCAUUCCCUGACUUCGACUUUCUCUUCUCAAGGCUACAAGAUGGCCUUCUAGACGCAGGCUCCAGCUCGCUCGGUCUCUCCCACCAAGAGACAACAACCACGUUGGAUUCCCACGAUUAUACCACUUCACCAUCAACUUCUUCACCCCCUUCAGAGCCUCCUUCCGGACCUCUGAACGCAUCUUCUGAUUUGUCUCGUGCAAACCCCGCGUUCUCUUCCUCCACCACCAUUCCCCAGUUCGACUUUACGUCGUUCACCACGGAUAACCAACGCCCAUCAUGGCUUUCCCAACCACAGUCCAGACAGCCUUUGGCUACAAACAAUCGUCCACAGCAACCGCAAUACAGUUACAACAGUCUCCCUGCCUCCCUGCAGCAAGACUUUCAGCUCUUCCCGACUCCUCAGCCGCUUGCAGCACAACCCAGCAGCUGGUCAGCUCCCAAGAGCUCUCGUCUGGUUUCGCGUCAGAGUAUCCAGAAUACCCCUAGAUCUGGUUCUGCAGCCUCUGCUUUGCCUACCAGCAGCAGUCGUACCUGUAUCUCAGCCCCGCAACCGGUCUUCUACUCGCCUAGUGUAAACACUUCUUCAUCUCGCCUAGCCAGCCAAAGCUUGCGUCCUCCUGUACCCUUGUUCGCGGAUUUGGGAAAGAAAACUCCAGUCCAUUUGCAAGAUCAGAUCAAGAACGCCGCAAUGGAGGGUACGUCGGUCGCUACUUCUUCGAUUUUGACCAACACUAAUCCCUCUCUCGCUACUACUAUAGACUAUUUUGACUUGUCCGAUACCUACGAAAUGCAGGGCAGUGACUCGUUGGCCUUGAACGGCAGCCAGCCACUUGCCCUUGCAGACGCUCCUCCCCUGACUGUUUCUCCCCAAGAACUUCUCUUGGACUCUUCGUGCCCGCCUUCCACCUGCAUGACCGAUCUCAGCACUCCAUCCUUCGAGUCCCCCGGCACCUUCAGCCACGACACCUCGCCACUCUUCAGCACUGCGGACGAUCUCUCUGCUGACCAUGAUGGCUGGGAGUCGCUCUUCCCCGGAGACCCGCUGACCACUCUCGAUGAAACCCCAAAGCUUUCGGCGCCUGUUCUGACUCAGCCACCGGCUCAUCGAACUGUCCAGCAAGAAAGGAUUUCUACCACUGCUUCGUCUUCACCUGCUGUUAAAUCUCGCUCUUUUCCAACGCCAUCACCUCGCUUGAGUUCUCGCUCGUCAUCCAGCCGCCCUUCAUCGGUGUCCGGGGUCACUAAGCGAACUCGUGAAAAGCACCCUUUGCCACCAAUUGAGGUUGAUCCUUCCGAUCCUGUCGCAGUCAAGCGAGCUAAGAACACCGAGGCAGCCAGAAAAUCUCGCCAGCGGAAGGUGGAACUCCAGGAGUCACUUGAGCGUCGUAUUGAAGAGCUUGAAGCCGAACUGGAGCAAGCCAAACAAGAGGCCGAGCACUGGAAAGGUGUUGCUGGGCACACCGGAAGCUAA